AGAAGAAGACAACCAUUGAAGAAGAUGUAAAGCUAACGUUACGAUAGCCUGCUAGAUGAACAAGAAAAGCUUUUAAAUUAAUGUUUCACCUACUGAUAAAGUAUAAUUUUUUGUACUGGUUACUCCAAUGAGAAAGGCAGACUCUAACAUUCGUAUUUUAAUUUUUGACAUCUAAAGCAAGUCUUUGUUAGCUAAACAACCACUGGAGGUUGCUGAGCGACAACAAAAGCCAAACACUGCUGGCAGUGUAGCUGAGCCUUUAUCCAUUUACGAAAACUAGUCGGACAAAUCUAUUCCAGACAUGACGGGGGUGGCCUCUCCGGAGAAGGCAGCCAACUCCAAGAAGAAAAAUGAGAGGAAGUGUGCUUCUAAAGAGGAGUACAAGCAGUUGUCCAGCAUCAUGGCAGGCAUGAACACUCUGAGAAAACAGGGUACACUCUGUGAUGUCACCCUGGUAGUUCAGGGGAAACACUUUCCUGCCCACAGAGUGGUCCUCGCUGCUGCUAGCCACUUCUUCAGCCUCAUGUUUACCACCCGAAUGAUGGAAUCGAUGUCUCAUGAGGUGGAGCUGAGGUCUGCGGAGCCUGAGAUUAUUGAGCUGUUGAUUGAAUUCAUUUACACAGCACGAAUCUCUGUGAACAGCGGCAACGUUCAGUCGUUGCUGGAUGCUGCUAACCAGUACCAGAUAGAGCCAGUGAAGAAGAUGUGCGUGGAGUUCCUUAAAGGGCAGAUUGACCCCACAAACUGCCUGGGUAUCUCAGCCUUAGCAGACUGCAUGGACUGUCCUGAGCUGAAGGCCGCAGCUGAAGAUUUUUUCCAGCUCCAUUUUACAGAAGUUUACAAACUGGAUGAGUUCUUGCACCUGGAUGUUAAACAGCUCACAUAUUUGCUGCACCAGGACAAACUCACUGUUCGUGCUGAGGCUCAGAUUUAUGAUGCCGCAGUGCGUUGGCUGAAAUACGACGUUUGCAACAGAAAGCAGUAUAUGGUGGAGGUGCUGGGGUGUGUUCGCUUCCCUCUGGUCUCCAAAACCUUCUUAUCAAAGACUGUUCAGGCAGAGCCGCUCAUCCAGGACAACCCACAGUGCCUCAAGAUGGUCAUUAGUGGGAUGCGUUACCAUCUGCUGUCUCUGGAGGACCGAGAGGACCUGGGAGAGAGCAGCCGGCCACGACGCAAGAAGCACGAUUAUCGAAUCGCCUUGUUUGGAGGCUCACAGCCUCAAUCCUGCCGCUACUUCAACCCCAAGGACUCCACCUGGACAGACAUCCGCUGCCCUUUUGAGAAACGCCGCGAUGCCACCACUGUCUUCUGGGACAAUGUGGUGUACAUCCUGGGAGGCUCGCAGCUCUUCCCUAUCAAGCGCAUGGACUGUUACAAUGUUCUCAAAGACAGCUGGUAUUCCAAGCUGGGUCCCCCCACUCCUCGUGACAGCCUGGCUGCUUGUGCCUCUCAGGGCAGGAUCUAUACAUCAGGGGGUUCAGAAGUUGGAAGUUCCGCUUUGGACCUUUUUGAAUGUUACGACACAAGGACAGAGUCAUGGCAGGUGAAAACCAGCAUGCUGUUGGCCCGCUGCAGCCAUGGCUCCGUGGAGGCCAACGGACUCAUUUACGUUUGCGGCGGAACGGUGGGCAAUAACGUCUCUGGGAGGAUCCUCAACAACUGCGAGGUGUACGACCCCGCCACACAGCAAUGGAGAGAGCUGUGUGGGAUGAGAGAGGCCAGGAAGAACCAUGGCCUGGUGGUUGUUAACAACAGGAUCUACGCUGUUGGAGGCCAGGGGCCUUUAGGUGGACUGGACUCUGUGGAAUACUAUGACAUUGCCAGUAACGAGUGGCGAGCUGCCUCACCAAUGCCGUGGAGGGGCGUGACAGUGAAGUGUGCGGCUGUUGGUGAUGUAAUCUAUGUGCUGGCGGGCUUUCAGGGGGUCGGGCGGCUUGGUCAUGUGAUGGAGUACCACACUGAAACAGACAGGUGGGUGACGUGCAGCAAAGUGCGAGCGUUUCCCGUCACCAGCUGCCUGAUCUGUGUGGUCGACACAUGUGGAGUGAACGAAGACGAAGAUAUGGAGCUCAUAGACUCUCAGCCGCCCGCGGCUUCCUCUUCCUCUUCCUCACCAUCUGCCUCCACCUCAUCCGCCUCUCAGGAUAGGAGUCACGUUUAGUGUGAUUUGAUUUUAUAAUGCAUGAUUAUAGUUUGGAAAGCAACAAAUUUGCUUUCCAAAUUGUUUUUUUGUUUUUUUUCCCUCCAGAAAGAGCAAGUCAUGCUGUGACGGCUCACUCUCAUGUGACACGUGUUUUAUUACGAUCCAG